AUGGACCAAUACACCCUGACAUCCCGUGAGCCCUUAUCGUCAGUCUAACUUCUUUGGUCUUUGCGAAAGGUUUGAGCCUUUUGUGGAGGUCCCCUUUGAGACUGUUAAGGCCGCGAGCGAGUACUGGAUUUUGGCAGAUAAGUCUGUCUGAAUCUGUCAUCAAGCCUUGGGCUUUCUGAAGCUCCUAGGGGUACUAAAGCUCAGAUUUAGAUUAUUUAUGGUGCGUUUCGAUUCCAUAUGGUAGUCGAAGUGGCUCACCUGGUUGUAGAGUAGCAUAUACCUAGGUGCUGCCUGCCCUAAGUAUGUAAUCUGUGGUUCUCCAUUGUGAGGGCUGUUUACGUGCCAUGUGGACGUUUAGAUGGUGCUACUCACCGGAUUUUCUCUAUAUAGACGUGUUAACCGAACACUACGACUGCACUCAGAAAUACAAUUGGAAUAUAGUGCUCGCAGUCAGAUCUGAACGGCCGUUGUCCACGUUGUUUUAGAUUGAGUGUAACCUCUUGCUAGCAGAUUAUCACUUUCACGCAUAAUUGACAAGGAAAAAUGGAGGUUGGUUCCCGGUCUCCUUUGUCCUCCCAGCUGUCGACAGACGGUAAGUGACUGGUCACGAGAUAUUUGCCUUCUGUCAACACGGCUAUUGCUUCCAGAAAGACUAGUUUAUCUGACCAAAAGUUAGCACGGUAUCGAAACCUGUUCUCCACUAUGGCUACCAACAGCUGACGGCCGCCUGCUUUGUUGACUUUUACCAGCGUCCACUUUCAUUCGUCCCUGUUUCCUGUGGCAAAUAAUGCAGCCAGACGACAAACCGGCAAAAAUCAAGGCUGUGGUCAAAGCCACUAUCGGUCCAUCGUUACGCGAGUCCAGUUCAAUACUACUCAGUCAUCUCACGCUCGUCCUGGCCUCGGGCAUCCUUCCUGUCGGUCCUUUUCACAUCUGAUUAGUAGACCUUGCAAGUGAAAUGUGGGCGAAAACUUAAAGCUUUUGACCAUCGUCUUAUGAAAAUCAUCAUUCAAAUGAUGGACAUUGACCUCAUACCGAAUUAGACGGUUCGAAUUCUGCGAAAAAUCCACAUCGAUAUACCACGCCACCCCGCGUUGCAGACCCACUACAUAGCGAAUGACCGCCUUCCCUUUCACUCGAUCUCAGCAGACUCCCGGGUUAGGUUGACCAUGGUGGGACGCAAGCACUGAAAACUACAGGGUUCUAGGUGCACUGUUGAUCAGAUCAUACUACAUCCAUCUAUGUAUUUUGUUGACUGCUUCGACACCUUCACAAGACAGAAUUGCGUUUGGUGGGGAUUGCGUCCCAAAAGACUUCGCUUUGGAGGUCGGGGUCAUCACGGCCGAACUAUUCCAGCCGGCGGGUAAUAAAGACAGGGUUAACGAGUUGUGGUCCGGAUUGACGAUACAAUCUUCCGUGCGAAACGUAAUCCGAGAGUUGGAUGAAGCAGAUAGGACAUAAAAGCCAUCUGUUUAACCCAUCCAGACAAUGUUUCACAUCCGUACGAGGAAUCGUCCUUAAGGAGCCUUUGCAUAUACACAGCUUUGUCUUUUUACUGAAUGCAUUGGUUCCAGCGGAUUCGGCGAAUCCGGGCGAGGACAACGCAUCUGGUUGAUUAGAUAACCUACGUCAUCCUUGGCCUGCUCGGUCAAUAAGGUCCAACCGUAGGCAGUAGAAAUUCUGGUAGCCUAACAGCUUCACAUUCUGCCGUCACUUAGGAGAUAUCUUCAACUUUUGAACCCGAGAUGAUCAUCCUCGUUUUGGAAUAACUAGAUUUCAACUACACUACAUUUCCGCAAAGUAGCUCACCGACAUUGCAGCGUCAUCGUACUGCUUUGGUUACGGCCUAAUGCAACUCUGGAGCGGUUUCUCAGAGCGUGCUAAAUAAUCUAGUCUAUCAUGUAGUUGGACAGUUUGUUGGGGCAUACGGCCAUAUCGAGCGCUGGAGGUGUCAUAAGAGCAACCACUGCCAUCGUCAUUCACACAUACGCAGCCAGGAGGCAACGUUGUACCCGCACAUGCUUCUGGUCACACCAGGGUAGUACAAAGUCUUUCCUAUCCAAGGACCACACAUAGGAUUAUGCGGCAUAUCACCAAGUGUCAGUAAUUGUGGCAGCUGCAUUCCAACUGUAACACAGCAGGCAACUUCAUUAAAUACAAAAAAACUUCGAAACACGACUUGAAAUUCUGACACAACGGAGGUGGACCCGUCGCAAGAGUCAACUAAUACGGAAUACUGGGUAAUCCAAAGUCUCACGUCAAUUUCCCCUGUGUAUUUUGGAUUAGACUGGAUCACAUGAGCUUUACUCAUUGUAUUUUAGCCUUAAAAAUACCUUUAUCUUGCAGACGAUGUUAAAUCUUCGCUUCGUUUACGCUACCUUCGUUAUUGCAUUCGGCUCAUCUUUCCAGUUUGGCUAUCAGACUGGCGUCAUAAAUGCUCCAAUCCAGGUAUUGUAACAAGCUAUUGUGGCUUAUCAUCCAAAUAACUUUAGUUGAUGGAAGAGUUUAUUCGCAAUGUUACCUUAAGCCGGAACAAGGUACCAAGCAAGGAAUUCGUUUCUGCAAUGAGCAGCCUCAUUGUUGCCGCCUUUCCGAUAGGGGGCGUUUUUGGAGCACUUAUUGGUAGUCCAAUGUCGAACAAAAUGGGCAGGUAACUGUGAUUCAUUCGCUUCUCCAUUUUGUUAUAGAAAGCUUUCCCUUUUCAUUUUAAAUGUUCCCAUGGCCGCCGGAUCCUUGCUAAUGAUGAGCAGUGUGCUGGCAAAUACGUUUGAAAUGAUCAUAGUCGGGCGUAUUUUGGUCGGAUUGGCUUGCGGUAUACGAAACUUCACUUUUCAUAGUAUGAAUAGGUGCUUUUACCGGCAUUGCUCCGGUCUACCUGGCGGAAAUAGCACCAGUGAACAUUCGAGGGGCUGCUGGCAUUAUCAACCAGCUCGCUGUUGUUACUGCUCUCUUGAUCUCACAGAUAUUUGGCUUAACGGAAAUUAUGGGGACAGCUACUCUUUGGCCAUAUCUUUUGGGUAACAUGGUAUUGCUAUUUUUUCCACGUUUUCUUAAGGCCUUACAAUAAUCCCAUCAAUUGUUCUCCUUCUUCUUCUGUGGACCUGUCCGGAUAGUCCUCGAUAUAUACUUCUAAAUCGCCUAAAUGAAGAGUCAGCCAAAACAGGCAAGGCUGAGAACGUCUUCUAUACUCCUUCCCUUUAGCCCUACGAUGGUAUCGCGGCCCAAACGUCAACAUUGAUGAGGAGCUUGAAGAGCUCCUCAAAGAACACGUUGACUCAGGUCGACAGAAGGUUGUUAAUUUUUGCCCUGUUCACGCCAAUGUUUAAAGUUCACUCUCAUCAAUCUUUUCAAGACUCCACAUUUACGGGCUGCCAUACUGAUCGCGAUUGUUGCCCAUCUGUCUCAGCAGUUCUCAGGGAUUAAUGCGGUAAGCGAUCUCUGCCUAGUUUUAACGCUUAUGUGAAGCCGAUAUGCACAUCGUCAAACACGCUAUCUACUGUGUUGUCCUUGUAGGCGCUUUUUUACUCCACGGCUCUCUUCCUUUCCCUCAACUUCACUUCAAGUCAGGCAGCUUAUGCUACCCUAGGAGUGGGCGGCAUGAUGGUUCUAGUUACCCUUAUCUCAAUUUUCCUGAUUGAGCGGUUUGGACGUCGGAAACUACUGAUACCGGGCCUCAGUGUAAUGUUCUUCUGUACUAUCCUAAUCACGAUUGGUUUGGCCGUCAGGCAUUCGAAUCCAAACGUUGUCUACUUGGCUAUUGCCUCCAUAUACGUAUUUGUUGGUGGCUUCGCAAUCGGUCCUGGUAAGUCAUUUCAUUUUGGUCUCGCUGUUAAAUUUGCCUCGGCCGAAGUAGUGGAUUAUAUUUUUUAGCUGAAAUAGCAAUUUAUGUAAAUACGGGGGCUCCUCAGUCUUUUUGCGCAGCUUCGCAAGCAACCGGAGCAAGAAAUCUUUCAAAAAGCGCUGUCUGUGGUCUUUAAGAUGUAUAAACUGUUAUCCGAAACUAUUUAUCAAGUAGUAUUGAUUCUUGGAUGUUACGGAAUGAAGGAAGUAGGGAUACCCACAGUAUUAAAAAAGUAAGCUCCAGGGUGGUGUCGAACCACUAGUCACUCGAAUUCCGGUCAACUGCUAUGCCCACUGAGCUGUCAGCGGUCCUAGCGGCCAUGCAAAAGUCAACAUUUUCAAUUAUCAGGGCUUUGCAUAUUGUAGUCAUCACAUGCAUGCACCGGGCGUUGGAUAGUUGUCCGUCGGUUGGACAAUUUAUGUUGAUUUUAGGUCGCGCUUCAUGGUAGACAUCCAUCGUUACGGCGGAGAGCAUGAGGCUGCAGAGUACGAGAGGGAGUAUACAGCCCCGCUUCACCGAAAAUGCUUCCUAGACUAACCCAUUGUCCAUGUUGCAGACUCUAAUGCCAAACAGAUAUUCUCUUUUCGUAAGUCAACGGUCAACGUGUUUCACCAGCACUCCUCAGGACAUGCCUUCUAACCCCUCCCUUGCGAACAGUUACCCAGUGCAUCCAUAAAUAGGGUAAUCGAACUCCACAGUUGGUCUGAACCUUGUUACAUUUGAAGGACGGACCGAAUUAGACUGGGCCGAUUAGGGAGGUUUGCAUGUCAAUCUUGCUGGUCAGUACCCGUGUGGUACGCGUCGACGUGGGUCCAUCCACAUCAGUGUCUUUGUUCGCGUCUACCUUCGGUCCUCCUAGCGUCGUCUUGCCAUUGGAAUAUGACAGGCUUGGGGGGAGAGGAUGCAAUAAGUUCUGCGAAAGUCUGUUCUACCAUAAAUUGGGUCAACGCAAGUCAUAAUUACGUUCCGUCCGAUGGAAUGGAAACUAUUGGCGCGUUUGGCGAACCUGCCACAUGCCAAGUUUCAAGAACUUACGACUGUUGACUGCGCUGUUUCCAAAAUAGCAGUUUCCCCUCACAACAAUGCCGUGCAAAAGGUAGACUUCUUAUUUAACUGCUUUUUAAAUCUGGUGUUUCCCGAAUGUCUUCUUCCAGCCUCUCAGUUAAUUAAAUCAUGUAGUAUCUUGCCGAAGAUCUUUUUUUAUUCUUUAGAUGCAUCUAAUGAACCAACAUAGAGAGAUCGAGCAACUGGGCAUUUCCAUUGCAUAGACUUCUGAAAAGUAGUGGACGACUUCUUCGUAUCGUAAACACCAGGAAGAGGUGUCAGCCAUUUGCACUUGCGACAGACUGAGGAUCAAUAGAACUAUCUAAUUUCAUAUUAAGGAUGUCGUGAUUACUCUGGUUUCAUAUCAUUAUCUACUGCGCUGACCCAAAGCAUUCCUCUGUGUUGUGUCCGAAACUAGUCAGACUGUGCAAGGUGAACUUAGUGUCGCUUCACGCAUAUCCACCCAUAAAUAUAAUUCUUAUUACCUUUAGUGCAUAUUAGGCAUAACAUAGACGACUUCUAAGCCACCCUUUAUCGCCUAUUCAGACAUCUUUCAGCGCAUCGACAUCGACGUUGUCAUUCUCCAUUGACCCAUCAGGUUUAUGGCACUUUAUCUUGUAAAAAGAGAAUGCUGCGGCCUCAACCGUAUCCACUUUAGCAAUUCUAUGACCUGCCGACACACAUGGCUGAGAAGCUUGCUUUCUUCCCUUUAGGUUCAAUCCCCUGGUUUAUCGUGGCAGAGAUGUUCGUUCAGGAGACUCGUGAUGCGGCCAUCCUCAUAACCGUACUUGUAAAUUGGAUCAGCCAGAUAAUAGUUAGCCUGGGCUAUAUGCAGCUCUUGGUACGUUGUUCCUAUGCUCAAAGGCAACUGUCGGUUUUUUGGACUUUCUAAUAUCUAAUGGCAUCCAUGAACCUAUCGAGGCUGCCAUGUUGAGUGACUUUUCCUCUAAUUUCUUGUUCCGGUUCUCGGCUAACCGUAGCCGCCCAUGUUAGUUCGUGCAUGAUCGAAACUACUAUCUUCACCACUGUAGCGCGGAUCCACAAUAAUUAAUCUUUAUUUUGCGUGUGGAGACAGGACAAAUCAACGAAAGCGUAGAUCGGUGAACGCCGUUCCCGCGUGACAUCGCGUAUUCCCGAUCGCAGCCAACAGAGCUUGAGCCCGGCGCUCAAACGGUUGGAAUGUGUGGAGCUCAAGCUUUCAAUGCUCAGCCGGACCUGGGUUCAAACCCUGGGGUGCUUUAACACUUCGAGUUAGGCGGGCAGUGGCUGAUGACCAGUAAAUCCCAAACGGCCGCUCCAUUGUGCUUUUGCUUCGUUGGUGGCAGUUCAUGGAGCGCUCAUCUUUAUUACGUUGACUAAGCGCCCUUCACGUUGAUUAUUUGUCACCGCUCAAGAAAAUCAAUUUAUGUGCUAGACACGCGCAACCGCUCUUCACCGCGUCUAUACCUUGGGGUCAGCUGGCUGAAAAAUUAGGUCCUGUGUACUGCUAAUGAGUAGGAUUUACAUGUUAAGGGCAUUAUCUUUUGUAAUUUGCACUCUGCUUACUGCCCCUCCCACACUACUGACGUCUUUUCCUUUUCGAUUCAGAACUACCUGAACGACUACUCAUUCGUGCCAUUCACAGUACUCCUCGCCAUCUUUAUCAUCCUUCUCUAUCGUUACCUACCAGAGACGAGCGGCCGUAAUCCCCGCGAAGUUGAGGAAGACUUCAUAAAAAGAACUGGUCGUGGACUGCCUCCCGUAGGCUCACCAUAUGUGGAGGAAGCGGACAGGCGUAUGUAUUUUGAUUCCUUUUUUUCCGUCGUUCGUCAGCCACCCGCGCCACCUCAUUUUCAGGCUUUGAUGAUUUUUGUGCUGCAUUGAAAAAAUACUAUCCUUUCGUAUCACCUUCUCCCGGGGUACUUUAGUAUCCACAUAGGUCUUUCUCCUUCAGCCUACCUUAGAUGUUUCUGUGAAUUUACACUUACUCCAGGAUGCUAGUCUAGUAGACGAGUAAAAGGGCAAUUAACUGCAGUUUCCGUCGGGCACACGCGCAGCCCUCAUGUAAAGUUUAAAAAUAGAAUUCUCGUUUCUUCCAUUACCACGUCCUUUUUAGUUAAGUUGCAUUCCGUUGACCCCAAAGUAGUCAUUGCAGUCCCCAUUCGUGCUCUAACAACUCGGACCCUGCGCCACCUCGGGCACAUGGGCCUGCUCCACCACUGAGAGAAUACUGUCAUUUCAGUGUCUUCCUUUCCCUUCAACCGGGAUACUUUAGUGCCAGCGUAGGUCUUUCCUCGUCAACCUUAAUAUCCUUUCCGUUCCUUCACGACGGAAAUUUGAUCUGGUCAGUCUUCUGAUUACGCACCAAAAACCUUUUCAUACUGGAUGGCGUCCUGCAUUACGAAUUACUUAAUACUAGGAAAUACUGCUGAUAGGCAAGGGAGACGGGAAUCACAGUCUACGGCCUACUGAAUAUUUCGUGUAGUUCAUGUAUGUCUUUGCCCUCUAAAGCGGUAGAUGCGCUAGUCAAAUACGGGGAACAGAUCGGACUCUGGCAGGCAUUGUUGAGAAGGUGCACCCGUAACAAAUACCAACGAUGGGGGUGUUUUGGCAAGCCGAAUAGCCGACUCGCGUCGCGCCAAUUGCGAUCCUUGCCGUCCUCCAUUUUUUUUUGUUGGUUAAAUCCUAAUCAGGUGUUUGUCGUGGACCAGGGGGUGUGGUGGUUUGUUUAGAUGCGAGUUUUCACCGUGCCAGCCAUCUGCACCCUCUCCUACCUCCGGUUUUCCUGACUAUGUUUUGACACCGGAUUCAGGUGGGAGAGGAGAGUGUUGUAGAUGCUGCGCAAGUCUGCCUUCAGUAUAAACCAAUUCACGCACAAGUCACCGUCCAUGCUCUCACCCUGUUGUGGAGCACACGGCGGACAUCUUCGAAACCGACGGUUAAAUUGUCGGUUGGAACAGACCCUGUGUUAGGAUCUGCACGUGCUUCCUGAAGCCAGUCUUGAGCUGCGCCCUUGAGUGCACUUACAAUGCAGUCCGGUGCGUUUUUCUGUUUUUCGAAAGUUAUCCUGAAUAAAACGAUCAAUAUGCUCUGCAUGCACACUCUACUACGAAUUUACGCAUACUUGAGGGUGCGCGUAUGUUAGGCGAGCACAAAGUUAGUCAACUGUAAUUUCCGUUGGACACGUUCGUGAUCGACAUGUCAAGUUUGAAAGCGGAAUUUCCUUUUCGGGGACCAUUCCAUUGGCCCCAAAUUGACCUCCCCGUUCCCCACUCGUGCACUGAAAACCCGGGUUCUACUACGACGAGCACAUGCGCCUGCAUGCCAGCAAACGUUUCUUAGCAUCGCCGGAUAAACAUAUUCUACCUAUACGGAUAUUCGUUUUUGAAGUAGCACCUUUCAGACAGCUUUUCAUUCCUUCGAGAUAAUUAUACAUUGCAAAAGGGGAUAAGGUCCGCCUUGGAAAUUAACGGAAACAAUGCUUCAACCACUUUUUCUGUGUUAGUUAGCAGUAGGUUUCUAGUUUUCUUCUCGAUACCACCAUGUCGAUUUAACUUUUCCAUGCUUAUUAGUAUCGUGAACUUCCACUUAGGUAAUAGUUUUCUUUUUAUAUAGUAGAUGUUUUAUGAGUUUCAACACAUGCUUGCCAGCGUGUGUCAUAACUGAGUCAAGGAGACUGGAGGCGGCAGAUGGCGCAGGUGGCUGGCAUGGCGGAAACCCGCACCUUGGUGCGUGCGACCACACCGGCUGAGACCCCACUGACUGGGAGUGCCAUAAAGGCUACAUUAAGAAGGAAUCAUUGUAUCCUGGCUAUUAGUCCAUCAAUCGACUACAGCACAAAAACACACUGGGUUGACUGCGAGGUCUGAGCUAAAUGUUGAGUUGGGAACCUUCCAGCUCCGGCUUCUAGCACACCAUGAUAGCCUCAGGCGCAGCACCUACCGCACUCCCUCCUUCCCCACCUGAACCUGAUGUCAAGAAGAGGUCAAGAAGACGGGGGGAGGGCGCAGGUGGAUGGCACGGCCGAGUCCGCACCUUGGCGCUCCAUUCCACACCCGCUGCUCCGUACAGCAAAUGACCAGGAUUGUACCCAACAACAAAAAUGGAGGGCGGCAGGGUCCCCAGUAUGCGCCAGGACUGCCGGCAACUGGGUCUGUCACCGCACCCCGAAACGUUGGCAUUUAUUAUGGUGCGCAUUCCGAUAACGUCCGCCAGAAUCCGAUGUGGCCCCCGUGUUGGUCCAACGAAUCUACCGCGUGGCCGCGUUUUGGAGUCACGCACACACAGAGUGAGAGAGAAGGUGCAGGCGGCUUGGUUCUCAAAUACACGAGGGAGUGCCACUAAGCAGGCCUGCGCCCUCCCCGCCUCCGACCUUCUUGACUCUGUCUUGACACUGGGUCCAGGUGGGGAGUGGGGAAGAGAGGGUGCGGCAGAUGCUGCGCAAGUCCACUAUCAACAUAAACUAAUUCACGGUUGACAUCGUCGGAAUCGAUGGUCGAACUUUCAAGCAGGUAUGGACCUAUUAGGUCACAUGCGUAUCUGCGAGAACGGAAUUGCCCACAGUCCUGACACGCCUAGCACCUUUCGCACGCCCACCAUGCCUAGAUCAAGUCAGCCCGCCGCCCAGCACGUCCACCACCAUCAGCCUCACCACGCUCAGCACAUCUCGCACACCCACCGGCCCUAGCCCGAAACACCUCAUCGUCCAGCGUGUCCACAAUCAACAGCUGCACCACUGCCACCAUCUCCGAAACUGUCGCUAACACCGCUGACUUUUCCUGUCUACACCGUUCCCGUAAAUUCACCUCACACUUCGGCCUAGUCCGUCACUUGCGAAUCCAUGACACAGAGAUUGGCGAACCAAUGCCUGGGGCGCCAACCCACACACGCCUCAUCCGCCUCAACUGACCCCGCACAUUCAGCCACCGCAUGACCUUAUAAGGUCGCAUGCGCACGCACGAAAACCUGCGGUGGACAACCGCCGGUUGAACCACACCAUUACAUCUUCCUCCACCUACGUCACUCAACAUCAUCACCCGCCACAAGCAUCCAAUUGCCACCUCCCCCGCAAGUGGGAGGUGGGCGUCUGGGCCCCGUCUUCAUGCUGCAUCUUUGCUGCAUCUGUGAGGUUAUCAUGGCACGCCAAGCGCUGUUGCUUGGGAGGCUGCUGGUUGACGCCCCAAGUCAGCGCACGCCGUCUGCCCAUUUGUGCGUGUGUCUGUUUGGAGUGGCGGACUAGUGGGCUGAGGGCCAGGCUCAAACGGCCCCUUCUUAACGUGACCUACGGCACCCUCACACAUGAGAUGUACGCUGCCCUACCUCCGUUGUGUGAAAUCCUGGUGCUUGUGUUUCGGGCGGGGGGGGGGCGUGCAGACAAGGUCAUUAGAUAUGUCAGCCACCGCGCCCAUUCCCCGCACGUCUCAACUUACCGACUCGCAUCGCGGCUGGGACCUGGGAAUUGGAAGGGAGAGUGAGGUCGACGACUCAGUGUAUUUUCCCCAGUAUAAACAAUCAGACGCGCCUGAAACUAUAACGGUGCGCUAAAGCCGUGGCUUUGAAGCUUGCCAACUGACGCGGUAGUUUAAACCUCGCAGUCGACUCAUUGCUCUGUUUGUGUGGAGCGGCCGACUGGUGGUCUAAGAGUCAGAUUACAAUGACUCCUUAAUGUGACCUUUAUAGCACUCUGAAUCCGUGGGAUCCGAACCAGGUGCGACGGCACGCCUGGGUACGGCCUCGGCCGCGCCAUCCCCUUCUGUUGUUGGUUAAAAUCCUGGUCAUUUGCUGUGUGGACCAAGGGAUGUGGAGUGGAGCGCCAAGGUGCGGACUCGGCCGUGCCAUCCACCUGCGCCCUCACCGUCCCCGGUCUUCUUGACCUCGUCUUGACAUCAGGUUCAGAUGGGGGAGGAGGGAGUGCAGUAGGUGCUGCGAAAGUCUGCUGCCACUAUAAACUAAAUCACGUAUAAGUCACCGUGCCUGCUUCACCUUGCCCUGGAACACAUGGCGGACAUCGUCGGAUGUGACGGUCGAACUGUUAAGCAGCCAUUGCAGCCUGACUCUCAUUGUAUCAGUCGGCCACUCAGCACAUAAACACACCUCCAUCCUUCUUGUUUAUUCUUCCAUCUGCUCUUCUUCAGCCGCAGACACCAGUACAGAAAUGUAGAGGUAAGUGGCCCAGAGAGGGAUGCUAGGCCUGGCAGCCAUCCUAACAGUCGUUCUAACUUUCUUAAUCAAGGUUACUUGUAUGUGCGUUGGUGGAGUAGGCGUCUCGCCAGCUGUUUUUGUGCGAAAUUUGACGCGCGCAAUAGUGUUUGAGCAUCUGCUUCUGAAGUAACGUGACCUAUCAAGUUCAUCACUUCCCUUCUGAGAGCCUACAACUUAUAUGUCAUCUAAUGAUAGACUAGCCCCCGGUUUAUUACCACUGCCCUAUUUUCGCAGCGCAGUUUGCAUACAUGCGUCCUUUUAAAAAUACGCCCUUCAACAACUGUCUUUCGUGCUAACACCGCAUCAUAAUUUCUAAUAAUUUGGUUUUUCCCCGAAAACCAAACUGAAUUUGAGGGUGUGGGAUCCAACCAAAAAGGCAACAACGACUGGAUAAACUCGGGAACUCUACAGUUGUUGGCACUGUAGGCUGUAGCUGGAUCUUCCGAUCAUGACUUCGUCCACGAUCCGUAAAAUAUCGACCAAAUCGGCUAGAGAAGACGGCAAAAACCGUUGGACCAGAGUUUCGACUUCAAUGGCGUAGGUCGCAGACGUCGGCGAGAUUUAUAACCGUUGACACUUCCUACAAAGUCCUUGACCAGUAUCCUUUUCAGACGUUUGGAAAGUGUACUGGACGCUUGAAUGAGACCCACCCAGGCGGAUAGAGAGAGGAGUUUGGAUGUCCUGACCCGAUAGAAACACUGCUGUUCAACUUCGUUUCCGCCGCGACUAGCAGCAGCAGCAGCAGCAGCCGCCCGUCCUGUCCUGGUUCCAACGCUCGAUUCGUUUGUCGCGACUCCCUGUGAUGGAUCCUGUCGCCAAACGGUGUGCGAGAAAAGUGAUCGAUAUGAUCAAGACCUAAUAUCGCCUUAAGUGCGCCCGCGUUCCAUGUUCACUCAGUUAUUUGGCAAGCACAGUCGGUGACAGAUCUCAUGAAAUGUUCACGGAAAUUCUGGAAUGCGUUUGCGAUUAGGAUGGAGUACCUAAGUGGGGUUGUAAAGCUAUAUAUCGUGCAACAUAAUCCUACAAUAUUUCGGACACUCCGGGGUCCUGACUUUUGAAUGCACUUCUCGGCCGCCUGCAAGAUCUACACUCGGCAAGAAAUGACUACACACUAUCCUUACUGAUUUUCGAUGCCCUCAUAAAGCCAAAUAUAUUUUACAGGAAACACGCUCAAAAUAUCCGUCUUCGCACUCAUCCGGUGGCAAACCACAUUUUAUUUAAAUUUUAUACUCAAGAGAAGAGUACGUUUAAGUUUUAAAGAAGUUUAGAGUUAUGAGACUCUUUAAGACCGUUUCAUGUCUAUGGCAUCGUUUCUAUCGGUUUAUUAAAGCUUUCCAGGAGGUAUACGGCACGGUCUGCACCCAUUGCAAAAUUUUAUGAGCCCUGUAUGUUAUCUUCUGAAUGUUAUAGAGGAGUGUAUGAGAUUCAUUACACGGAAAGUGUACAGCUUGUAAACUGGAAAUCCUGAGCGCAAAUACGACAGCAAAUCUGGCCUAAAAGUAUUCGGGGACCGAAUAACUUCAUUUAAACCUAGACAUGCCCUUCCUGUGAGUAUAAAAUUUGAAGGCGAGGUGAUUUGCCACCAGAAUAUCUUUGCAUUUUUCAUAAAAUAUACUUGAACUUUCUAAGGACAUCGAAAAUCAGUAGGAAUAAUGUAUCCUACUUAAGUAGUCACUUUUUACCGAGUGCGGUCUUUACAGGCGCAUAAAAAGAAGUGCUUUUAAAAGUCAGAAUCCUGGCGUAUCUGGAGUGUUAUGGGAUUAUGCUGCACACUAAUCGAUGUUACAAUCUUCCUAAUCGAAACGCACUUCAGAAUCUCGGUUGCCAUUUUAUGAUACCGGUCAGUGACUGUAUGUGUCCUGUCACACCUGCUUACUUAUGUCAUUAACUGGACUCUCUUGAGUUUUACACGCGACUAACCUGACAAACCAACCUAGACUGCGCUGACGCCACGUGUCUGAGCGCCACAACUCUGACUGCUUCCUAGCUGUUUUGCUGCCUUUUGCAGCAGUCCGUGCCCCUGCGAAGUCUCGGUGUGUCCACGAGAGGGCAGACGACCUGCAGAAGAUUAUCCGGAAUAUCUUACUGCAACCCCAUUUCUUCGUCUGCUUUCACCUUUUAGAACUUGCUGUUUUCGUGUAAUAAAGGCGAUCCGACACCCAGUAUGUGGACUACCCUCAGACCAUGCCUGAUUGGUGUCCGCAUUUCUUCACCCCGGACUUCUUGCUAAGCAACAGCUUGCACCGAGCUUGGUCGGUGGCAUUGUAUUUGUUUGGCAUUUGCCUAGUUCUGAUCUUAAAUGGUUAAGCAGCCGAGAGGUGACAUAAAGAAGCCUUAGGAGGCGACGGCAGUUAGUUCACCGUCUUAUGCGAAUUGUUUCACAGCCGCAAUGAAUGCUAGCCUUUUAUAAACACCUACGCAUUCCUACCAAUCCGGCAUACACCGCGCACAAUCGUAGCUUCACUGAUGGUGAGUACCUCGUGCAGUCGAAUUUGGCCUGAAUUCCUUCGUUAGCGCGUGUUCCGGACAGCUAUACUGAGCCACUUGGUGCGCAAAAUCUCUUGUCGGUGUCGUUAAGCUCCAGAUUGACAGGCCUGUUAUAAAACAUGCGCUGCCAGACUUGUUUGGAGGUGCAUAUCACUAGCUUGUUGUUCGGCCCAUAUAGUGGCACGAACCCGCUCCGCGCUUCGCGUCAGUGCUAGUUUUUGAUAGCCUUUUUCACUCUCAGAGGCCAUAGGACGACUCCAAACAGGCGACCUACCGUGGGCAUCUAAAAAGGGUGCUCGCCUGGUGCAUACCUCUAGGCUUAUUCUCAACCUUCUACUUGUCUAACUUGCACUCCUGAACUUUGCUCUAAGUUAUUUCGCGUAAUUUGGCUCGCUGUCGGUAUAACACAACUUCAUUCCUCCGUGACUCCAUCCUUGUCUUUUGUUAUUUAGGGCACGACAAAUCAUCCGAGGCACUGGUCCGUGGCCGUUAA